CGCUGUUGUCAGGGCAACGCGAGAUAAGGCUCUAUCUUUCGUUACAGCCUCUGGACGGCUUACGUAACGAUGUUUUUUUACUUAAAAGUGGGUGAAAUAUUUUUGUAAAUUUUCUGUAUGAGAAAUUAAGGGAUAUUAUGACUUAAGAAACCAUGGUUUGGGUUCAUCUGCUCGUCGUAGCGGUUUGCUAUGGCAUAGUUUCAGCAGAUACAGACAGACGACACGUCACCAACCCGACUUACUACAAUGUGGGCGGCGUGCUUUCAAGCAACGAGUCUAUCGCGUUCUUCAAGGAUACCAUAUCGAAUCUCAACUUCAAAGACAAGUACGUUCCCCGUGGGGUGACGUAUCAUGACUACUCGAUACUGAUGGACCCCAACCCCAUAAAGACGGCGAUGAAUGUUUGCAAAGAUCUAAUCGGACAUAGAGUGUAUGCAGUGGUGGUAUCCCACCCGUUAACUGGAGACCUUUCUCCAGCGGCUGUCUCUUACACAAGCGGUUUCUACCACAUCCCAGUGAUAGGCAUUUCAUCUAGAGAUUCUGCUUUCUCUGAUAAGAACAUUCACGUGUCAUUCCUGAGGACGGUCCCGCCGUAUUCCCAUCAGGCUGAUGUGUGGGUGGACGUACUGAAACACUUCAAUUACAUGAAGGUCAUCGUCAUUCAUAGCUCCGAUACAGAUGGUAGAGCUAUUUUGGGAAGGUUUCAAACGACAUCCCAAAGCAUUGACGAAGAUGUCGACCGCAAGGUGAUGGUUGAACAAGUGAUCGAGUUUGAACCAGGGUUAGAGUCGUUUAUUGACAAACUUAUGGACAUGAAGACAGCACAGGCGAGAGUGUUUCUUAUGUAUGCCAGCACGACUGAUGCGGAUAUAAUAUUCCGCGAUGCAUCUUACUUGAAUAUGACAACGACUGGAUACGUGUGGAUUGUAACAGAGCAAGCAUUGGAUCCUGCAAAUGCUCCCGAGGGUCUUCUGGGUUUGAGACUCGUCAAUGCAACAAACGAGCAUGCACAUAUUCAAGAUUCUAUUUACGUUCUGGCUUCGGCGAUCCGCGAUAUGAAUACAUCAGAGGAAAUAUACGCUCCACCGUCGGACUGCGACAACUCGGGGUCUAUCUGGACCACCGGGAGGCUUUUGUUCGACUACAUACGUAGGCAGAAACUGGAGAAUGGUGCCACGGGGCAUGUUGCGUUCGAUGACCAUGGGGACAGGGUCCACGCGGAGUAUGACAUGGUGAAUGUGAGGGCCCAGGGAGAACAUGUUGCUGUUGGGAAAUACUUUUAUUCUAAAGAAACACAAAAGAUGCGUUUGGAACUGAAGGAGCAUGAGAUCAUAUGGAUGGGACGUAGCUCUUCUAAACCUGAAGGUUUCAUGAUACCGACUCAUCUCAAGGUUUUGACAAUAGAAGAAAAGCCAUUUGUCUAUGCACGUCGAGUGGACGACGAAAGUGAGUGCAACACCGCCGAGGAAAUCUUGUGUCCACAUUAUAACGCUAGUGAUGAAACCGACCAAUUGUACUGUUGCAAAGGCUUUUGUAUGGAUCUUCUAAAGGAGUUAGCGAAAGCGAUCAACUUCACCUACUCGUUAGCCCUUUCACCGGACGGCCAGUUCGGAAAUUAUAUCAUACGUAACUUCACGCAACCUGGGGCUAAAAAAGAAUGGACUGGACUUAUUGGUGAAUUAGUGUACGACCGUGCGGAUAUGAUCGUUGCUCCGUUGACCAUAAAUCCUGAACGAGCUGAGUUUAUUGACUUUAGCAAGCCUUUCAAAUAUCAAGGCAUCACUAUUUUGGAGAAAAAGCCAUCUCGCUCAUCGACCUUAGUGUCGUUCUUACAACCGUUUUCCAAUACUCUGUGGAUAUUAGUGAUGGUGUCGGUUCACGUGGUGGCGCUAGUGUUGUAUCUACUGGAUCGAUUUUCACCUUUUGGACGAUUCAAGCUCGCUAAUAUCGAUGGUACUGAAGAAGAUGCCUUGAAUCUCUCCAGUGCAAUAUGGUUUGCUUGGGGUGUUCUGUUAAAUAGCGGAAUUGGAGAAGGUACCCCUAGAAGUUUUUCGGCGCGUGUGCUUGGGAUGGUAUGGGCUGGCUUUGCUAUGAUCAUUGUAGCAUCUUACACAGCCAACCUGGCUGCGUUCCUGGUGCUUGAGAGACCGAAAACUAAACUCACAGGCAUCAACGAUGCUAGGCUUCGUAACACAAUGGAGAAUCUAACCUGUGCUACGGUAAAAGGGUCUGCUGUUGAUAUGUAUUUCCGGAGGCAAGUGGAACUAUCGAACAUGUAUCGCACUAUGGAAGCCAAUAACUACGAUAACGCGGAACAAGCUAUUCAGGAUGUUAAGAAUGGAAAGUUGAUGGCUUUCAUUUGGGACUCCUCAAGAUUAGAGUUCGAAGCGGCGCAGGACUGUGAGCUAGUAACGGCUGGAGAACUUUUUGGACGUUCUGGUUAUGGCGUUGGUUUACAAAAAGGAUCGCCUUGGUCUGACUUAGUUACGCUUGCCAUAUUAGAUUUUCAUGAAAGUGGCAUAAUGGAAGGAUUGGAUAAUAAAUGGAUUCUUCGUAAUAAUAUGCUGAAUUGUGAGGAAAACGAGAAAACACCCAACACAUUAGGCCUGAAAAACAUGGCCGGGGUGUUCAUUCUGGUGUUAGCUGGCAUUAUCGGGGGUAUAGUUCUCAUCGUGAUAGAGGUGGUGUACAAACGCCACCAGAUCCGUAAGCAGAAGAAGAUGGAGAUCGCGCGCCACGCGGCUGACAGGUGGCGCGGAGCCGUUGAGAAACGCAAAUCGUUGAGGGCGUCUAUUUUGCCGUCGCAGCGACGUGCGAAGUCGAAUGGUGUAAAAGAGACGGGAAGCAUCAGCUUGGCGGUGGAUAGAGGAGUGCGGCGGCGCGACGAGCCACGCGUGCCGCGGUACAUGCCCGCGUACACUCCUGACGUUUCACAUCUCGUUGUUUAAAUGUUCUUAAACUUUAAAAUUAUAAUUUAUAGCCACAAAUUAUGCGGCAUCUAUGUCACUGUUAUUAUCACUGUAAUGACCUACGCAAUUAUCGUUUUUUCAUUAUUUAUUAUGGAAAAGCUCAAAUAGGUAUUAUUUCGCGUAAUGCGCGUUUUGCGGUAUAUUUUGUCUAUACAGUUCUUUUUAAGAUUUCCUCAAAAUUUAUGAAGUAUUAAAGAAAUUAUUUUUUAUAUAUGCUGACAAGGAAAUAGAUAUACUAUAAUGGAAUUGCAAAUUAAGUGAUUUAUUAAUGUGUCUGUGGAAAGUGACGUAUUAUACGAGUACCAAGUGAGACUCAUGGCAAUUUCAUUUCGCCGGGCCCUAGAAAAUGGUAAUGGUAAUUUAUUUUAUAUCAAAUUACGUGUGCUCAAACCUCGCGGAAUGGGGGGCCUUUCGACCGUCGCUCGGCUCGUUGCAUUUUGCGAGCUUUGCCUCUAGUAUAGUUACGCCACUGUCUGUGGAUAUUUAUGAAAAAAAUAUAUACAGGUACUUACAUAAAAAAAUAGUAGAAAAUUGACAUUUGACUGUACAUUUGACCGGACUCAUUACGUAGAGGUCAUGGUUCGAUCCCCGCCCGCUGGAUUAUUGUCGUAAUCAAUAGUCUUUUUAGACUAGUUGGAGGGGAUUGCGAAUAUUGGUCAUAUUUCAAAAGAUAUAGCAAAUAUUUUUUAAUAGUAAUUUGUGUGUAGUGCAGCAGUGAGGAAUCAGUCUGUUACGGAAUUAAAUAUUAGAUAUAUAUAAAUUGAAUAUAAUUAUUAUAUAUAUUGCUAUGAAUAUGUAAUUUGUAAUAUGCUAUUCAAUGUUUUACAAUGUGGCGUGAAUGUAUAUAGAUAUAAUAAAUAUAAAUUAAGUAACACCAAAAUAACAACGAGAAAAUAAAAUUGAAUGAAAGAUACUUUUGUUUUUUUU